AUGCGAGCAUGUAAUGGGUGUCGAAAGAGAAAGAUCAAGUGCGACGCUGCCACCACGAACACUUGGCCAUGCUCGGCCUGCACUCGCUUGAAACUGGUCUGCGUGCCUCCAACCAUCGGCCAGGACGGCGAGUUUAUCAACGAGGGACUGGAUUCUGUCCCAGAACCCAAUGUCUCUUCCGCGACCUCCGAAACCUCCCAGCACACCUUUCCUGUCCCUCCGUCCUACAGUCACUCGAGUCAACACUCCCUGGGAGGAAUGUCGUCUUAUGAUGGCAUGAGCGUAUAUUCCUCAUACGUGCAGUCACCAUCAACACAAGCCGGCCUAUACAAUGACAUACGCCAACCCCCCAUGGUGAUGCCUCAUCAAUCUUACCAACCGCAGUCUCAAGUUUAUUCAGCCCAACCUCCACAGGCACACCUCACGACGACCCCCGAACGUGUGAUAUAUGAUAAUGAGCAAUCGACGGCGAACAACCUGAGCGAAGUCUUGGGCGAGCUGAAGAUCGAUGAGACGGGCAUCGCGCCAUAUAUUCGAAGACAAAGGAAAGAUCGCACGGAGCCAGAUGCCCCGGUUCAGGAUGAAGUGGAAGAGCGAUUACCCCCACUCAGCACGGGAGCCGGCGCCACGAUCCGCAUCCCUCCCGAACUCAUGCCCGACGACGAAGACGUGAUGACUUAUUUCAAGAUCUACUUUGAUGAUAUCCACCCUUAUAUUCCAGUGGUUCCUCGCGCCCAUCUAUAUUACCAAUGGCAAAACGAUCGCAAUUCGAUCUCUCCACUCCUCUUGGAAGCUCUUUUUGCAUGCGCCGGGCGUUUGUCAGACGAGCCGUCAGAAGGGGCUCAGUGGCUCGCAAUGGCGAACAGACAUGAGUCCAGUUUUAUGGACGUCCCUCGGCUGAGCACCAUUCAGGCCAUGCUUCUGUUGCUCAAGGCAAGAGAAUCCUUACCUAAAAAGGGUUAUUAUUACCGCUCAUGGCAGACGGUCAAGACGAUCGUAUCUAUGGCCAAAGAUCUUGAUAUUCAUGAGCAUUACAGCAAUCACAGCGAGGGGCGGGCGUGUGAACUGAGUCCGAUUGAGUGUCUGGUGAGCACACGGGUAUGGCAGGCGAUUCUAGUUGUCGAGGUGAUGAUCGGAGCUCCUCAGGGUCGAUCGGAUUACGGGGUGGACCCGGAAACUGUUGACCUGCGUCCGACGUUGGACAUCCGUGGGUUGGAUCACUACGAGACGGAACGGUCUCGACAGUUCGCUUACUUUGUCCGCAAUGCAAACCACAUCCGCAUGAUGACCGACACAUAUCACAAGAUCAAAAAACAAAAGGACUGGGGCGCCGAUCCUCGUUUUGUUCAGAAGAAUCCGCUCUUUGCUGAUUGGCUCCGCACCUUGCCUCCAGACUUGCAAGUCAAUUAUCCGGAGGACGGAGCGCCACCGUGGCUUCCAUCCCAUUUCGUUGGAAACAUGCACUCUCACUGUCACUUGGCCAUCAUUCUGCUGCAUCGUCCGCAACUCGUCGCAUCUCAGUCAUUUACAGCUGGCGGAGAGUGGAAGACUCACUUUUCCCUGUGCUACUCUUCUGCGAAAAAUAUCUGUCGUUUACAGGAAGCCAUUCUGGAACGAUUCGGUCUUUCUGGUUUGCUGUAUAUGCAGCGUGGUAUUAACUUUGCGAUUUACUGCAUAUUGACCUGCACCAUGCUUCAUUUGAUCGCCAUUACUUCUCCCGACCCUCAAUUCAAUUUCGAUGCCCGGGAAUACUUCACUCGUCAUAUGCGAAUUCUUGAGCGAUGCUCCACAGCUUGGCCCAUGCCGGAGAUUCAAGCGCAGAUUGACUCUCUAAGGUUGGCCUUUUCCGCAGACACCCAUCGACCCUUUGAGUUGAAACCCAGUUUCCCUUAUGGCAGUCCCUCGGAACCCUAUCAGCCGAGCCCUGUUAUGGACACGCAUUACCACCCACAGCUUGGCCAAAUGUCCAGUAAUGUCUCAACCAGAGUGGGUUUCCACGCACAUCCCAUCACUCCCCCGAUUUCCGCCGGUGCUGAAGCAGACGCAAAGUCGGACACGUCCUCUCAGUUACAGUCCCUUGGAAUGGUCCCCCAUCAACCUCCUGCUACUCAUUCACUCGAAUCUCCGCUGGUCGAUGAGAAUACUUGGGACCCAACCCGCAUUAUCAAUCAAUGGGAUAUGGCAUUCUCCGUCAACCCUUCCACCGUCAGCACCAACUCCCCGCCUAUGCCCAUCAGCAAUCCCGCUCAACCCAUCUCCAACAUGGUUCAUCACCAGCAAUAUCCCAUCCGCUACGAACAAGCGUCGAAAGUCACAGCUCCACAAAGUCAGUCCGUAUCGCCGCCGCAAUUCCAGGCACCCCCUGUUGUGUUCAGCGCACGUGACUGGCAACAGAGUGUGGCAAGCGUCUACGAUCCUCAAGGAAUGAAGCGCCGAUGGAACUAUUCCAGUGACGUGGGCGAAUCGAUGAUCAAGCGACAACGUUGA